UUUGCACCAUCUGACAACACUUGCACCUUCCCACCAGCGGUAACCAGCCAUGGUGCAAGUGACGUUUCGGGUCCGGUGUCAAAACACCCAGCCGGGGGAGAAGGUCUAUGUGGUGGGCAGCGGCACCAAGUUGGGUGCCUGGUCCCCGGACUCUGCAUUGAUGUUGAGCACUGGGCCACAGGAGUUCCCCACUUGGUCGGCGGCGGUGACAGUUCCAGAAGGAACAUUGGAGUACAAGUUUAUUGUCAAGCGUGAUGACAAGAAAGCUCCAGUCCGCUGGGAAGGGGUUGAGGGCAAUCGACAGCUGUGUGUGGAGGGUGACAGCCCCUUGGAAGUCUUUGCCACUUGGGGCGAUACCAACGAGAAGGUGGUCGCAGGCUCCGUAGAAGAUGUGGAGGGCGAAGGCCUCUAUGACCCUGGUGAAGAGUCUGAUGAUUCCCUGCAGCCGCCCAAAGGAGGCUACGCCUACGGCGGCUCCUCACGUCCUUCUGCUGGAGGAUCUUCCUUGGAUUGUUUGCAGCUCCUGAAGGUGCCCUGCGAGUUGAAGGGUCAGAUGGUGAUCUGUGGCGAAGGUGAAGCGCUCGGUGGCUGGAACCCCUACAUGGCCCCUACCCUGAAGCAUGUGGGUACCUCGGGAGACCGAGAGGUUUGGGCCUUGCCUGGACUCCUGGAAGAUCUCACGCCAGGCAUGGCCUUCAAGUUUGUUUGCUUGGGCCACAAUGGCAUUCCGCGGUGGGAAGAGAACCGGCCCAACAGGUUUUGGACCUGCGAGGAAGCCUCUUACCUCUUUGAUCUCCCAUCUCCACGCAAGGGCAAGGAAGAUCACGAUGAGCUAGAGGUGGUUUGGGGAGACAACUGGCUCAUCGACAUAGAUCCCUUGGUCUUCCCAGGGGCAAUCUUCCAUGCCUUCAACUGGAAAUUUGCCGAUGUGCAGAGGAAGGCCAACACCAUCGCAGCCCUGGGUUUUGAUGCAGUGCAACUGAGCCCAGCCCAACGCUCCGUGGAAGGUGAUCAAUGGUGGGCGCGCUACCAACCGACGAAAUAUGAAGAGAUCCAUGGCUUGGGAUCUGAGCAGGACCUGCGAAAUUGCUGCAAGGCGUGCGAGAAGGCUGGACUGCUGGUCUUUGGAGAUCUGGUCUUCAACCACAUGCAGGUUGUUGCUAGCUGCGAAGAAUGGAGGAAAGCGCAACAGGAUGAUGGGCUGAUGGAAAUCCUGCAGCGACGCUUGUCGCAGAAGUUGGGUCCAACCUUCAACAGGGACGACUUCCAGUGGCCUUGGUAUCCGCUGGAAGGAGACGAUUGGGAUGGCGAGCAGCGCAUGGAGGGUUGGGGCUGCGGAGAAUGGUCCGAGCUAAAGGGUGGUGCCCCCAAAGUGGUUUCAGUGCACAAUGCCCAUGUGGCCAAACUGAAGAGCUGUGGCGUCUCAGGCUUCCGUUUCGAUGCAGCCAAGCAUAUGCGGCCAGAGCACAUUGCCAACUAUGUGGACAAAGCCGAUGUCUAUGCUUACGGAGAGGUGCUCAGUAUCGACCCGUCCAUGCAGAGGGAAUACACCGAAGGAGUUUCACUGACCACGGGGGAGCAGUUUCCCACUACCGACUUCCUUCUGGGAGUUUGGCUGCGAAAAUUCAUCGAAGUGGGGCCCCAUGCGGUGGACUUUGAGCAUCACGAGUGGGUGAAACAUUUGCGCGAACUCGAAAUGAAGAGGCCCUCGGAGCUGCCAGAAAGAGUUGGCACAGUGGAGGAUGGACGGAUGUCGACGCCUCUGUUGGCGCGUAACUCCAUCCGCUUUGCACGGAACCACGACACCGUGUGCAACGAUGUACCCUUCUAUGGUUUGACUGGCUGGAGCCAGGCUUCAGCGCAGGUGGCGGCUGCCUGGCUGCUGGCCACGCACGAUGGCUCCGUGCUGCUGCUGGCGGACGAUGUGAAAAAGUCUCGGAUGAUCAAAGAGGCGUUGGCCUAUCGCAAGGCCCUUCGAAGCUUCAUCGAGUCCCUGACCGUGGAGCAACGGCAGACCAUCCGCACAGAAGUGAGGGUCAAGGAGGCGGUGGACGGUGGACGUCCCUUGAGCAUUUGCGUGGCCGUGCGAGUGGAUGCAGGAUGUCCCGAAGGGGCUGAGAUCAAUGGUGGAGCGCUGCUGGGCUUCUGCGUGUUGAACCCGCACCCAGCAGGACCUGUGGAGUUCGCUGGUUCCGUGUGUUUGCAACAAGAAGGAGCCAGUGAUCGAACCAUCGCGACUGGAGAUCAGAAGGUGGUGCUCCAUGGCGACGGAACUCUCAACGAGCCACUGCGCCUGGCACCCUACGAAGGAGCCUUCUUCCUGGCUGGCCUUUGACGCGUGGAGACUGAGAAAGAACUUGGAUCUCCGGCUGAUGAAUUUGGCCAAUGCAUUUGAACAUCGGGAGAAACGAUGGACAGACACAACUGAACUGCAUUUCCAUGGCAUUUUUUGUUUUGAUUUUUUUGAUUUUCCC